GGUUCCGCUUCCAGCCAAGCGAGACGGUCAUGUCCGGGCCGCCGGGCCAAGAGAGCAGUGAGAGGCCGGCCGCCCUGGCGCUGGCUCAGGCUCGCUUCGCCAGGGGCGAGUUUGCCGAGGCGCAGGCGCUGUACUCGGCCUUCAUUGGCCAGUGCGCGAGUCGCGGGCGCAAAUGCAGCCCCGAGGAUUUGGCCACUGCAUAUAACAACAGGGGGCAAACCAAGUACUUCAGUGUUGAUUUUUAUGAAGCCAUGGAUGACUACACAUCGGCUAUAGAAACCCUGCCCAACUUUGAAGUUCCGUAUUACAACAGAGGCUUGAUACGAUACAGGCUGGGGUAUUUUGACGAAGCAUUGGAAGAUUUCAGGAAGGCAUUAGACCUAAAUCCUGGAUUUCAAGAUGCUGUGUUGAGCUUAAAGCAGACUAUUUUAGACAAAGAAGAAAAACAAAGAAGACAUGCUGAGAAAGGCUACUGAAGCAUACGAGUUACUGAAAUUUUAACUCAAGAUCCUUGAGCCUCAUCUAAUUGACUCUAAGAUAUGCACGGAACUAUUUUGAUUAUAUGUGAGAGACUGCAUUUUAGAAGUGAAAGUAAAAUAAUAUGUUUAAUCAAAGUUAUUCAUUUCAAGAGAGACUGUUGGAUAGAUCUUUUAAUAGAGUAAAUAAAUACUAUUAAUGUACAUUAUUACAGCAAAAUAUUUAAAUGAACAUAUAUUAUUUUUAAAUAAAGGUUUUAUUUUUGCCACAUAU